UCUCACACACUAAAUAAUCCUCGCAAGUUUGAGAAGCUUCACUCACACUGCUCUCGGCUAAAACACACAGAGUCUCAGAGAGAGACACACAGAAAUGAAAGGAGAGAAUUUGGCCAUUUGGACAUAACAGUAUAAACAUGGAGUGUUGGUGUGCUGUGUAUCUGUGUGUUGUUCUGCUGCCGUGUUCAGCUUUGGCUAAGACCAGUGUUACUGAAGGGACAUUUUCGGGCCAUUCUGAUGGUUCUAAGAAAAUUAGCGGGUCUGAAGGAACAAGCAAUUUUGGGAGCUUUGAUGGCACAGCAGGACCCAGUGAGAGAAACGGUACCGGCAGGCUGCUGGUGGUGCCGAUGGACGGGAGUCACUGGACCAUGAUGAAGGCCGUGGCAGAGGAACUGGGCCGCAGAGGCCACACUGUGCUGGUUCUGAUGCCAGAGGUCAGCAUGCGCUUGGACUCUGGGAAGCACUACAUGAGCAAAACAUUUCCGGUUCCGUACACACAGGAUCUAUUUAACCAACUGAUGAAAAAUUCCCAGCAGCUGAUUGGUUCUACAGCAGGUCUGACAGAGAGAGUCUCAGGGAAACUGAAACAGAUGAGAGAGAUUAUGAAUCUGAUAAUCUCCACUAGUGAGAGUUUGUUAUUUAACCAUGAGCUGUUGGAGUUUUUACGGAAGCAGGAGUUUGAUGCGGUACUGACAGACCCUAUGAUGCCAUCUGGAGCCAUUUUAGCCAUUAACCUGUCUCUGCCUGCCAUCCACAUGUUACGUGGGUUACCGUGUGGGAUGGAUGCUAUCGCCACUGCCUGUCCUGACCCACCUUCCUACAUCCCCCGCUUUUUCACUAAACACACUGACCGCAUGUGCUUCACUGAGCGUGUGUUAAACGUGGUGGUGUACAUGCUGGAACCAGUGAUGUGUAAGCUGCUGUACUGGCAGUUUGAUGAUGUGGCAUCACGGUUCCUGCAGCGCAGCAUCAGUAUGGCGGAGAUCCUAAACACAGCUGCCAUGUGGCUGCUGAGAUACGACUUCACCUUAGAGUUCCCCAAGCCACUAGCACCCAACACCGUGCUGAUUGCAGGAUUGAACUGUGCUGUUACUAAGCCUCUGGAUCCGGAGGUGUUGGAGUUUGUGGAAGGGUCAGAACACGGAAUUGUAGUUUUCACACUUGGCUCUUUAGUGCCAGCAAUCCCAAAGGAGAAAGCAGCCAUUUUCUUCCAGGCUUUCAGCAGAAUCCCUCAAAGAGUACUGUGGAGGUACAUGGGUGAAAUGCCUCAUGAAGUUCCUGGGAAUGUGAAGCUGAUGAAGUGGCUUCCUCAGAAUGACCUUCUGGGUCACCCAAAGGCAAGAGCAUUCAUUACUCAUGGUGGCUCACAUGGUAUCUAUGAGGGGAUUUGUCACGCUGUUCCCAUGGUGAUGAUGCCACUCUUUGGCGAUCAGGGUGAUAAUGUGCAGCGAUUGGUCAGUCGUGGAGUGGGUGUGGUCUUGAACUUCUAUGACAUCACAGCUGAUGUGCUAGUCAAUGCCCUAGAUGUUGUCAUCAAUGACAGCAGUUAUAAAGAGAGGAUGAUGAAACUAUCUGCUCUUCACAAUGAUCAACCAAUAAAGCCACUGGAUCUCGCAGUUUAUUGGACAGAAUACGUAAUGAGGCAUAAAGGGGCGGAGCAUCUACGUUUGGCUGCUCAUAAUCUUAAUUGGUUCCAGUAUCACAGCCUUGAUGUGUUUGGCUUUCUGCUGGUUGUCAUGGUGAUUGUUGUCACAGUGAUGAUGAAAUGGUGCAUGUUGUGUUUAAGAUGCUGCAGGAAAUUACAGAAGAGAAAAGAGGAGUAAAAUGUGCUACUGUUUUAUUUGGCUUUUUGAGACUCUACAAUGUAUAUUACAAUAAAGUAUAAACACCA